AUGGAAGCCACAGAGGGUGUUCAGGAGGCAAUGGUAAGCGAGGCUCUGACUCAGUUCAGGGCCACCUUGCAAGCUGCCAUAAGGGAGGUGCAUGUGGACGUAAGUGCUUUCAAGCAGCGCAUAGAACAGAGGAUUGAGGAGCUGUGCAUUUCCAAUGGACCCUUGGCUGGGGCGGUGACCAGACUGCAGGAGGAGAACCUGCAGCUCAGGGCAAAGCUGGAGGCCCUCAGCUGCCUGGUGGAGGGUCUCGCCGGGGUAAAGAUCGAGAGGGGUCCUGCUGAAGUGAAGGUGAAGAACGUGGGGGAUAGUAUAGAGAACGGACAUGCACUGAUACUGCCCAAGACCCAGGAAGACCAGAGAAGUCUGGUUAACUCUGGAAGAUCAGAGAACAGCCAGUCAAGUCAGUCUACUUCCACAUACUCUGAAACAUCAGGGUCAAGUGGAGAAUCAAGCCAUGCUGCUGCUGCUCCCAGCAACACCCCAGCCCCUCCUCCAUGGAGAGCAAAGAGACAUGCUGAAAUUAACGGUACUGAUACAAAAGGAGAGACAAAUGUUACCACGUCUGCACAAGAGAAUGGGAACCAAGAAAGCUCAUCAGUGGACUCUGAUGCAGCGCAAACUGUUGAACCUGUUCCCCAUUCCCACCGGCCUCUCACCUCCAUCACGAAACCAAACCCAGAGCCGUCAGCCAAAACUAACUCUCUUCAUUCACCUGUGGAAACCCCCAAUGUGCCUGACCAGGAAGAAUUGGGUCUUCUGACCAAACCGCAUCAUCCCCUCACUGCAAUGACAAAAGCCAGCUCCGAAGCUCCAGCUGUUCCACAGUCUACUGCCUCUGGAUCAUCAGUAGAGUCUCCUGCUAAAUGUGAUGCUGAUGAACCCCAGCCCCAUCUUCCUGUCACUGCCAUGAAGACAAAACCCAGUCCAGAAGGUUUGAUUGCCACCAAACCUGCCCAGUGUCCAGCAUCAGUGCCUAAAGCAGCUGGUCAUUCUACAGCAGAAGCUCCAACAGGGGAAGCAGGCACAUCUGGAACAAAGGAGCCGUCAGGCUCUGUAUCACAGGCGUUGGCCCACCUUCCUCUCACAGCUGUUUCAAAAAGCAGCUCUGAGACUUCAAUCUCAGAAUCCCCGACAAUGAAGCCAGGCGGAUAUCCAUUUAGACGCGAUAUCACUGAACCCAAGCCACACUUGGCUCUCUCUGCCUUGACCACAUCCAGCACAGAGUCUUCAUCAACAGCUCAGUCGCCAAGACUUUCGUCAUCACAAGAAACCGCAUUAAAACCUGGGGAAUAUCCCUUUAAGCGUGUACCAAUUCUCAAGACACCCAGUCCCAGUCUAAAGAGAAGCGUGAGCUUUCCUCAACCUGCAGAAAAACUGCUUCCCUCCAAAUCAAUCAUAAAAUCUGGUUUCUCACCUAAUUUGGACAAGAAAGCGAACAAGGCAGGGGGGGUUGAGUUUAAGCAGGAUGUGAUGAAAUCACAAACGCUUCCACGCUCAAAUGGAGCUCAGGCCAAACGGGCCCUCUUUGAGAGGAUGAACUCAGAGCCUACAAAACCAAAGGAUUCAAAGCCUAAACUGAAGCGCUCUCAGAGUUUUGGUGUGUCCAGUGCCAGCGGCAUAAAACAGAUUCUCUUGGAGUGGUGCCGCUCAAAAACCAUUGGCUAUCAGAACAUAGAUAUCCAGAACUUCUCUUCCAGCUGGAGUGAUGGGAUGGCCUUUUGUGCUCUGGUCCACUCUUUUUUCCCUCUGGAGUUUGAUUACAACACGCUGCAACCGGCAAACCGCAAACACAACCUUGAGCUGGCCUUCACCACCGCAGAGGUGCAGGCUGACUGUCUCCGUCUGAUCGAGGUGGAGGACAUGAUGAUGAUGGGGGACAAGCCAGACCCCAUGUGUGUGUUUACAUACGUCCAGUCCCUCUACAACCACUUAAAGAAGUUUGAAUAACUCAAGUGUUCACUCUUGAUUGAAUCACAUAAACGACAACUUUAGUGUGUGACAAAUGUCUUCUCUGCCAAAUCCUAAAUAUGUUGAUCAGUUUUAUACUGUAUGUGUGUAUUCACCCCAUAUUCUCAAGAAUUUAUAGUGCAUCGACACUGAUUCUUAAAAUUUCUUUUGAAAUGUAAUGUGUGUGGCUUUAAUGUUGCUGUAUUUACAAAAGGGAGGAAGAUUAAGAGAGACAAAAAGACAAAUAAGGUCAAGAGGUGGAGUGCAAGUCUGUAAA